CGGUGCUGUCUCUAAUUGUUUCAAAUCAAGCAUAGGCAAAGAUGGGUUAUGAAGAUCAAAAGCCUCUCAUUUUCAUGGUUGUUUUGCAGUUUGUGUAUGCAGGAAUUACUCUAUCUACAAGGGCUUCGCUCUUACAGGGAAUGAGUCCCAGAGUUUUUGUGGUUUAUCGGCAAGCCCUAGCCGCUUUGCUUGUAGCUCCUGUGGCAUUUUUCAGGUCAAGGAAAGGAGGAAACACAUGUUCUUUAGGAUGGAAGAACUUCUGGUUAAUAUUUCUAGUUUCUCUUGUCGGUGUGACGGUGAACCAGAAUAUUUAUUUUGAGGGACUAUACUUGGCGUCAUCAUCAAUAGCAAGUGCAAUGGGGAAUCUACUACCUGCAAUUACUUUUGUUUUGGCAUACAUUGUGGGACAAGAAAAAAUAAACAUCCGAAGCUUGAGAAGUAAAGCAAAAUUCUUCGGCACGAUCAUAUGUGUUACCGGAGCCAUAAGCAUGGUGUUACUCAAAGGGCCGAAGCUACUUAACAAAGAGUUUCACUCUGAUCCAAUUCAUUCAAUAUUGAGAUUGAGCAAGGGAGGUGAGACUUGGUUGCUUGGUUGUUUACUACUGUUCGCAAGCAAUUGUUGCUGGUCAAUUUGGCUGAUUUUGCAGGCACCGGUGUCCAAGAGCUAUCCUGAUCAUUUAUCUCUAACAGCAUGGAUGUGCUUUAUUGCUGCCUGGCAAUCGGCAAUUGUGGCAUUCUUUAUCGAGAAAGACUUAGAUGCUUGGAAAUUACAAACACCUCUGGAACUUGGAUGUCUAUUCUUUUCAGCAGGAGCAUCAGCAAUUUCGUUCUUUGCUCAGGCUUGGUGCAUAUGUAAAAGAGGACCACUUUUUUCUGCCAUGUUUAAUCCUUUAUCCACUGUCAUUGUGACCUUUAUCGCCUCCACAUUCUUUCGAGAAGAGCUCUACAUUGGAAGCUUGCUCGGUGCAAUUGCUGUAAUAUUUGGACUGUAUAUUGUGCUAUGGGGCAAAGCUAAAGAUCACAUGAUUAACAGCGAUGUAGAAAAGAAGCCAGAGGAGGAAAAAAUUAAUUAUACAAUCGUUGUCGAUGAAUCCACAGACAAAUUGAGUUGUAGAAUCGAUUUGGAAGAACCCCUUUUGCAUAAGCAGACAAUAGAUCUCAAAGAUGAUCAGAAACAUUAGUAUUGAUGGGAAAAGUCUGUAUUUCUACAUAAAUGAGGUUCAAUAUUGUGAAGAAGACAGGACUCCUCUUCUAAGAAGAGAUUUUGUAAUUGCGCUUCCGGUUCUAGGCAUUCAUCAUUGGUGUUAUUAGCCUUUAUCCCCCCGGCAAGGGACAACUUGAUUUGAAAUUUCUAAUAAUCAUUUGAGAUAUUUGAUGGGAUCUA